AUAAAAGAUAAAUAAUUUAAUUAUUUUAUAACAUGCAUUUAUAUUAAAGAAGUAAUUAUUAUAUAUAUUUUUUCGUAACUAGAUGAUAUAAAGAUACAAAAUACUAAUGUCAAAGAUUUAAUCAAAGGCUUUAGCAUGUUAAAAAAUAUAUAUAUAAUAAAAUAUAAUAUAUCUAAUAAUUUACUAAAUUUUCAUAAAAUUAAUAAAAUUAAGUUGUAUAAUAUCAAACAUUAUUUGAAUAUAAUAUUUUAUAACAAAUAAAAUAAAUUUAUCUGAAUUUUAAAUUAUUAUUAAAAAUUUCAUUUUAUAUUUUUGAAUUUAUACAUUUACAUACAAUUAUAUGAUUAGAUGUAGCUUACAAAUCAUUUUAAUAAAAUAUAUUCACUGUGCAACAAAAAAUGUUCAUAGAAAUAAUACAUGCGCAAUUUUCUUUAAAUUUAUCAUCAUACAUUCACCAACUUGAUUUUUUUGUAAUACAAAGAAAAAUAUUUACCUCUUUUUUAAUCUUAAUAAUCCAUUUUAAAAACAAAAUAAAAAUCUAAUUUUAUACAUAAGAAAAAAAUAUAUGAAUUUAUAAUUUUAUAUAAAAUUAUAAAAAUUUUUUCAAUAAUUUAAUAUUAAAACAGAUAAAUUUAAUGCUAAUAAUUUCACUAGAUAUUUUUAUUUGCAAUUGUUUUACUAAUUUGAAUUAUAGAAAACUAAUUAAUAAAUUAAAAUGUAUAAAUAAGUACAAAUAUUAAGUUUUUGAAAAUUUUUCAAUAUUUAGGUUAUGAAUACCAAAUGAAACUAUUAAUUACCAACAUACAUACAUCACUUCAAUAAAGAACAAUAAUAAUGAUAAUAAAAUAAAUAUUUGCUUUAUUUCUGAUAGAAAAUUGUUAUUAAUUUAUACACAAUUUUUCUUAUUCUUAAGCACACAUUAUGUACACAGACUUUAAUAUAAUUAAUAUAAAAAGUAAAAUUAUAUGAUAUAACUGUAAUCUUUAAUCUAAAUAAUCAAUAUUUUUUAAUAAUUAUACUUUAUUAUUAUAUUUGUAAAUUUUUUAUAUAAUUAAAAUUGAAUUAGUUAUAUUUUAUAUAUAUAUAUAUACAUAUAUAUAUAUUCAUAUAUAUGUAUAUAUAUAUAUACACACACACAUAACAUAUAUAAAAAUUCAUUAUACAUUGUAUAUGCAAAUAAAUAUAGUUAUAUUACGUUUCUUAUAUUGGUAGUACAAAUUUCAUCUAAUUUCAACUUAUUCUUCGAAUAUUACAAAUUUGAUUAAACAGAUAUAAUAUAAUUUUUGUUAGCAAACAUAUAAUUAUAAUUAAUAAAAUUGUGAUAUAUUAGAAAAUAUUAUAAUGAUUUAUUUAAAAAUUUUAUAAAUUUGUAUUCUCAAACACAUACAUAACGAUGAAUUGCAUAUAAUCAAUAAUUAUUUUCAAUAUUUAUAAAUUUUAUAAAUUAUUAUAUUAUACUAUUUAUUAAAACAUUAAAAUUUUUUACAAUAAUUAUUAAUUAUUAAUAAAGAAAUAUUUUUCAUUAUAUUCCUAUCUUUUUUCAUAAUAUUUUUUAUUUAGUCAAAAUUAUAUAUAAUCUUUAUAUAUAAUUUUAUUUGAUGAAAUAUAAAAAAAGACAUAAAAAUAUAUACAUUAUUAAAUUUUUAAAGAAAAAUUCAAAAAACGAUAAAAUUAAAAUAUAAAGGAAAACGGCUACUUGAAGUUGAUUGCGAAUAGUUGGUACUCGAUUUAAGCGCCGUUUUAAUAGUAGUGGGGAUAGAAGGGAGGUGUGGUAACGGUUAGGAGUCUCAUCCAACCACGAGAGGAGCUAGUAGCGUUUGCCUGGCAGUAUGAGGCGGCGUGGGGCUAGGGACGAUGCAUGGGCUGCGACUAGGAGGCACUUGGGAGGUAGGGAGGGCAUGCGAGCGGAGCACAGUUCAGUAGUCGCCAUUGCAAGUCUCCCCGUGUUCUCGUAUUCGUGACACUCGGACGCGUGGAGCAGAUUUUCCGCUAACCUAAUCUCCCUGCGAGGGCCCUAAGUGUGCCCCACCGAUGCAGAGAUAUUGCACCGAGCUCACCGAAAGAUUGUUGAAAUCUCUUGAUAAGGAAUACAAUGUAAGUAGCGGAAUGAAUCCGCGAUGCGCCGUCCGUCCGUUCACGCAAACGGCUAUCGGGCCACUCUCGAUCCCCCGUGCGCCGUGUGCCUGUACCAGUGGCGUGCGCGAGAGUCACUAAGAAUGUAGUGUAGCGGCGGCUCCGCGUGUGAGUCAUCGACAUGGGUGCUGUUGUGGAUGUCGUUACGGCCCUGGAAAAGACGGCGAUCACUAAAGAAGUGCUUGAGGUUACAAGACUUGGAAAAUAUAUUAAUGAACUUCGACGUAAAACAAGUAAUGAUGCUUUGGCAAAACGAGCAAAGGAUUUGGUGCGGCGAUGGCGUGAUAUGGUCUUACCUUCUGCUCAUUCUACUCCACAACCUACACCAGCAGAUACAGCACCACCUGCUCUUAAUGGAGCAAAACCACAUAGUCCUGCAUUAAGAUGUUUUAAACCACAAAGUCCAGCAUUAAGAGGUCUGAUACCACCUCAGAGUCCAUUAUUAAGGGAUAGUACUCCACUUAGAGUACUUAGUCCAGUUCUAUCUGUGCAUAGUGAUCAUUCACAUUCUCCUAAUGCAUCAUCAAAUAAACAGUCAAUUACAGUAACCAGCAAUCACAGAACAAGUUCUGAUGUGCCACCUAUGCUUGGUUCUUCAAGCCAACAUCAUUCGACAGAAGCAGUGCCACGAACUCACAGUUCAAACAAACGUCUCCGAAAAGAUGAUUUUAAGGACCAACACAAUUAUCAACACCAUGAUUCAGACUCAAUCACCGAAAGUGAACCCUUUGUUAAAAAACAACGUCUAAAUGGCGAAAAUAUAAGUGGUAAUUUAAAUAUGCAAGUGCCUAGCCCCAUAUUUAAAGAAAGAAUCUCUGAUCAGUUUACGGAGUCUUCCACAGAUCCUGAUAAUUCAGGGCCAAAGAAACGUGGUAGAAAAAAAGGCAGUAAAUCUGUAAAGAAACAACCAAUUUUAGAAGAUCGUGUAAAAGAAAAACUAGCUAGUAUUUCAAGGAAUCCUAAAUUAAAAACAACUCAAGAAUUGCUGGCUGAUCUACGGGCACGCGGCACCAAUUCUAGCAUUAAUUCAAGUGCUCUACCUAGUCAAAGUGUAGAAUCAUCCAGCAUGGAAGAAGUUCUGAGAAAUAGCAACGAACAAGUAUCAAAGUUCCUUCGUUGUCCUCAGAAUAAUUUAUCUCAUAGAAAUACAGUUUCUGAAGUCUCAGCAGAAAGUCGGUUAAAACCAACAGAAAACUGUCAUGAUGUACCAUCUAAGUGUGACGAAUCAGGUGUAGUGUUCAAAGAAAAACCAGUUACAAAUGUUCAAAAAAAUCAACCAGAACAGUGUCGAGAUCUCACAGUUGAAGAAAUAUUGGCUAAGUUACCACCUAUAGAUCCAAAUUCAAUAGAUUGGAGUGAGUGUGAAAUUGAAUCAACUGAAGAUCAAAAUAGUUCUGAAUAUCCACCUAGACAAGUUACUGCAGAGGACAUAGAAAGGUUACAUACACAGUGUGUAGAAGGACUGAAUGGAAACUUCCAACCAAAACUAUCAUCUUUAACUUCGUCUUUUAAUGAGAAUCAGAGAAAAGAAGAUGUGACAGAUGUCAAUGGUGUAAACAAUGUGUAUAGCCAACCUGAUGAAGAGUUUCGAGAAUGGCAUCAGAUGCUAGCAAGGCCCAGUUACAAUGGCCAGAUCCUCCACAUAUUGCCUUAUGUUAUUAUUGAUUAGUAAUUUUAUUAUCUUACUAUUAUCCUGAAACUUGUGAAGAAUCCCUGCAAAUAUUAAAGAGAUUGAUCAAUGAUCAGUCUAUUAAAUCGAUUUCUAUUGCAA